AUGGGCGCGAGCUAUUCUCAUGUAUUUGAGACCUACAGGGAUCCUGAUUCCGUACCAAAUGUUACGAAACCACCUACUCACGAUCCCUUGAAAGGAUUUCCACGGGGUCGGAAGAAACGUGAACUUAUUGUCACAGAGGAAGAAAUGAUCGCAGCCGGUCUGACUUCAAAAGAACGCGACUACUGCGCACCGAUGCUGAUGGCAUUGCGCAAAUGCAGAGUCGAAAGGGGCGUCCUAUCUCCGCUUUUCUGUGGACAUUUUCGUCACGGCUACCUAGAGUGUCAAACCAAAGAUCAAAUCUUGCGAAUGAAGGAGUACGAGAGAGAGUACCGUCUUAUGAAAAAGGAGCAAACCGCUUCUUAA